AUGCAGAAAUUCUUCAACUUGGCGCGGGAACGCGAUGCAAGGAAGCUGUCCAGUCGCCAUGUCGUCAUCGCCGUUGUCGCCCACCGCGUGGGACUGGCGCAGGAUGUCGUCUGCACGUCGACGGUUGACCCCAAUUCAACGCCGCCGGUGCAGGGCAGAAACGCUGGCGUGAUCGCGGGUGUGGAUGGUGCCAUCACCCGUCUUCCGAGCCCGAAGACUCAUUCCAUUUCGGAACUCAACACCGGACGUCUGGACCACUGUGAUGGAGCUGGCAUCAAGCCGGAAUCUCUGAAUACGUUCUCGAAAAAGCCUCCAACGGUCAACUUCCGCGAGAUGGUCACAACCUUUGCUUGGCGGCUAGAAACGACGCCAAGCACGCCACAGACCAGCGCAUCUCAGCCCUAA